ACAUUCAUACAAUUAAAUGAAAAUGGCACUAUUGAAGGGAAUCUAGGAUGUGAAGAACAUGAAAUAUAAUAAUUACCAGUAAGGAAAAUAAAUUUAGAAUAAAUUAAAUAAUUGGAUGAGGAUCAUAUGAAAUGUUUGAUAUGUCUAUGUGAAUAUGAAGAGGAUGAUUAAGUAAAGACUAUUCCAUGCUGUAUUUUAAUAUAUAUAUUAUUAAAUAGUACAUUAUUUUCAUGAUGAUUGCAUUGAUAGGUGGCUCAAGAAGAGUAGACAUUGUCCAAUUUGUAAAAAUGAGCUAGAAAUAUGAAUAUCUUACUUAUUUAUAAUUUAUUUAGUGUUUUAAUAAAUUAUUUAACAUAUAUAAAACAUAAAAUAUUCAUACUUUUCAAAUUUCACCUAAAAUUUAAUUUAUCUUUUAAUAUAUGGGGAAACAUAGAAAUAAAAAUUAAAGCAAGUAUGAAAAUGCUCCUUAGAAAAAAGUGAAGACAAAUCAUUGGGAUCAAGAUAAUCAAUAAAUUUGCGUUGUUUAAUUUGAGAAUCCAAUCUUUCGUCGUUUCUAUGAGGUAUUAUAUUGUAAUUAUACAAUUUUUAGAUUCAAUUACCAGAAAUAAGUCCAGAAGAAUUUAAGAUAUUUUGGUAAUCUUUAUCUCUUCCUUUACCUGUCACAUUUAGAAUAAAUCCAUCUUAAUAUAAAUAUGAGAGUUUGAUUGAAAGAUUGUAAGAUGGCUCAUUGAUAAAAGACAUGGUCAAUGAAGAAGAAAUAGUAGAACCAAUUAGAGAAAUAAAAUGGUAUCCAAAUCAUUUAGUUUGGGAAUCUAAAGUACCAAAGAAAAGUUUAAGAAAAUCAGCUGCACUUACUAAAUUACAUUAAUUCAUAUAAAAAUGUAAUUCAACUGGACUUUUGACAAGAUAAGAACUUGUUUCAAUGCUUCCUCCUUUAUUAUUGGAUCCUCAACCAACUGAUUAUGUUUUAGAUAUGUGUGCAGCACCAGGAUCAAAAACUUGUUAAUUGUUAGAAAUUGUAAAUAAAGGAUUAAUUGUUGCAAAUGAUGUUGAUCCAAAAAGAGCUUAUAUGUUAUCACAUCAAUUAUCUCGUAUGCCAACAGCAUAAGUCAUGAUUACUAAUUAUGCAGCAUAAUUUUAUCCAACAUUAUAUAUUAAUGGAUAAAGAUUAUAAUUUGAUAAAGUAUUAUGUGAUGUUCCAUGUACUGGAGAUGGAGCUGCUCGUAAAUUACCAACUAGAUGGGUUAAAUGGUCAGCAAGAGAUGGUAAUGUCAUUCAUCCUUUGUAAUUGAGUAUUUUGAUGAGAGCACUUUAAUUAUGUAAAAUUGGAGGAUAUGUUAUGUAUAGUACAUGUUCACUUAACCCAAUUGAAGAUGAAGCUGUAGUGGCUGAAGUAUUUAGAAGAGCAGGUUUUGAUGCUUUUGAAUUAGUUGAUUUAAAUACAUUAUAAGGUUUUAAAACUAGAAAAGGAAUUAAAGAUUGGAAGGUAAUUAUAACUGAUGACUUUCUGACUUAAAAGUAUCUUCAAAGAGAAACUAAUCCAGAUUAAGAUGAAAAGUCUUUUCUUGAAACUGUCAAUGAAGAUGAUUUAGUUUAUGAAGUUAAUAAUGUUAAUCAGAAAUUGAAUAUUAAAAAGUUAUUUUCUAAGUUCUCAAGAAAAUAAGAAGGAUAAAUGAUUAAUGCAUUAAAAACAUUAAAACCUUCUUUAUGGCCAGACACUGAAGAAUUUAUGAAUAAAAUUGCUAUAGAGAAGACUAUGAGAGUACUUCCACAUGAUUAAGAUACAGGUGGUUUCUAUUUGGCAUUAUUUAAGAAAAAGUAAGCAGUUAUAUGGAAAAAACCUAUCUAUUAAGAAUCAAUUAUAGCUUAAUAAUAACCAAUAUUAACUGAAUAAUAAUAAUAAUAAUAAUAAAUUGAAAUUGAAUAAAUUGUAGAUAAACCUUUAUCAGAAAAUUUAUAAUUAUAACCUGAAUAAGUAUUAUAAUAAAAUUAAUAAGAAUAAUAACAUAAAGAAAUAUUAUAAUAAGAAGAUAAUUAAUAAGAAUAAUUUAUUUAAGAUAUUGAUAUCAAUUAGGAUCAUCUUAAAGAUAUCUUAAAAUAAAGCAAUGAAUAGGAUGAUAAAUAGUAAAAUGAUAAAAAUAAAGCAGCAUUACUUGAACCUUAUACUCCUAUUAAUGACUAUGAUUGGAAAGUUAUAUGUGAUUAUUAUGGUAUUAGUGGAUUCCCAUAAGCAUAAGUUCUAGGUACUGGAUAAUCUCUUGACAUUAUUAUGUAAGUCAAUAAGAAAUUUAGAUAUGUUAGUGAAGAUGUAAAAAAUAUAUUAUUUGAUUCCAAAAAUUGUAAAUAAUAUUUUAUAUUUAAUUAGAAAACCUUAAACUUAUUAAUAUUGGAUAGAAACUUUUUGAAAGAGGCAAAGAAAGUUUUGGUGGAUAAGUUACACCAUUUAAAAUUACUUAAGAAGGUUUACCAUACAUUUUUAAAUAUUUAACUAAACGUGUUGUUGAAUGCAAUAAAGAUUAAUUUAUGGAAAUCUUACAAAAACGAAAUAUAAGAAUGGGUGAUUUUGCUCAUGAAGAGUUAAAACAAUAAUUUGAACAAUUGAUUCAAGGAUGUUUUGUCCUUUUUUACAAGGAAACUCCAGAAAUAAGUGAAGCUAUUGUUUGCUAGUAUUACAAACAAAGUGUAAAUUUAAUGUGUAGCACUGAGAAUAUAGAAAACAUUCUUAUUAGACAUAGAUUGAUGUGA